AUGGAAGAAUAUGACUUCCGUUGGGGUGGGGUUGCUCCUAAAUACCGUAACCAUGAAAACUGUACUUUAGAACUUCACCAUGGGGGUGUGUUGGAAAGUGGGGAGUAUAAAAAUGAAAAAGUUUGUUACUUGGAUAAUGUUAUAGAGGAUUUUCUGUCAUUGGUGGACUUAAGAAAGGUAGGGAAAGAGCUUGGUUACAAUGUAGACAUUUCUAACCCCAAACCAAAUAUGGAAAUAUGGUAUAGGAAGGGUGGAACCCAUGGUGUAGAUGGGCUUGAACUUAUCAGCUCUGAUGCUAAACUGAUUGACAUGUUGGGCCAAAUGUCAUGUAAUAGGAUUGUUGUGUUGUACUAUACUGAAGUGGGCAAUUCUAAUAUAGUUUGGAGUCAAACAUCUUUUGGGUGCCAAGGUUUGGAUGGUGCAAACAAUUAUGCAGAGGUGCAACACAAUGUUCAGGUGGAAGAUGAAACUAAGGUGCAAGACAAAAGUCAGGUGGAAGAUGAAAUUGGGGUGCAAGAUAAUGUUGAUGUUUAA